AUGUCAAAAUUUGGACUUAUGCUGCUCUUACUCGGCACAACGAUGGUGUUCUGGCAACAGGCUGAGGCCAAGCCGCUGUUUUUGUUGUCGAAAAAUUUCUUCGCCCUUACAACUAGAGCACCUUCCACUGGCAGUGGCUAUUCCUACUCACCAAGCGCAUCAGCAAGUGGUGGUCUCGCUCAACUACCUGUUGGCAUUAUAAGUAGCAAAUUGGGUCUGAUCUCCAGUCUACUUUCCAGAUUUGGUGGUGGUGGCGGUGGCGGUUUUGGACUUGGCUUCAAAUCCAAUGUGGCUGCCACGACACGCAGACCAAAGAAGACCAGCAAGAGCACAACCGAACCGAAUACUGUCUUUACACCGGAGACAAGCACAAAAGCAUAUACAACAACAACAACGACCACCGCUGCUACAACUACAACGACGACCACUGCGGCACCUGAGGAACCUGUAAGCACAACAACUGCUGCCACAAUCGAUGUCAAGCCAACAGUGAUCGCACAGCGCCCAGCUGUCAUUGAACCGACGGAAGCGAGCGAAAGUGUAGCUAGUAGCAAUGUAAAUAGUGGAUUCGAAGUCAUUUAUGACAAUACAAAUAAUGGAGAUCAGAGUGGCGGUUUAGCACUGACGAAUGCGGAGGGUACUUCCAAUGCUUUUUCAACAGGUGGGGCCGAUGGUGUCAAUGCUGCUAGCUCCAGUGGUUCUAAUGGUGGAUAUGAAGUCAUUUACUCCAACUCGGGUACCGGUGGUUUGAAAGCUUCUGCUGAGGUUGGAGGUUCAAGCGGACUCGGUGGUUCAGGCGGAUUCGGUUUUUCUGGUGCAAUUGGAGGUGCAGUCGGAGGUUCAAAAGUUUCAACAAAUGGGGCCAGUGGUGUCAAUGUUGCUAGCUCUAGUGGUUCUAAAGGUGGAUAUGAAGUCAUUUACUCCAACUCGGGUACCGGUGGUUUGAAAGCUUCUGCUGAGGUUGGAGGUUCCAGCGGACUCGGAGGUUCAGGCGGAUUCGGUUUGUCUGGUGCAAUUGGAGGUGCAACUGGAAGUUCUGGCGGGUUUGGAAUUUCUGGCGCUGUCGGAGGUUCUAACGCUUUCGGAAUUUCUGGCGGAAGUGGAAGCUCUAACACAGCUGGAAGCGCAAGUUUAAGUGCUGGUGGUCUUACAAGUGGUGGCCUCACGAGCGGACGUCCCAAGAUUAGUGGAUACAGCUACAAUAAACCGGAAGACACAAGUUUAAACGAAAUUUUCGGCGGAAAUUUGAGCAACACCUACUUGCCAGUAUACAGGUUCAGAUAGAGGAAGCGUGAUAAAAUUGAA